AUUGGCACGCCACCUCGUCGCCCCCACCACUCGUUCACUUCCACAUAAGUGGGCCGCACCUGAAGCGGAACCUGGAGAGGAACACCUAUGUGAUAGCAGAACCCGGCGGAUGGAAUGAACGAACCAGAAUGAACCAGAACUGGACUGAGAGGACGAGAGGAGACCGGAUGCCGGAGAUGAACAGAAAGAAAGAGACACAUGAAGCGAAUGAUAGAGAGAGUGUGGAACUGUGCACGAUAAAGAAAAGAAAAACGGAGACUGAACCCUCUGAUCCAGUAACUUCUGUCAUGCCAAGGAGGACAACUCCCCUUCAGGAUGCCACUAAUCACAUCCUUGCAGGAAGAGACAAGAAUUCAGUGUUAGAAAUCAAAUAUAUUAAUCCAGUUAAAGACUUAUUCAGAGACACCGAAUUGAGAGCAGAGUGUCAGUCAUCCACUCCCACACCAGACAACCCUGCGCAUGAGGUGCACUGUGUCAGAGGUCAGUGUGGCACUUCUUCUGCGAAAGAGGGGAUUGGAGAAGUUGGUGUCCAGCACCAGGAGGUGUUAUCCCCUGUGUUCUCAGCAGAGCUUGCCAGUGAGACUGAAUCAAGAUCAGGGUGUCAAUCAUCCAGAGCCGCGCCAAAUGACUCUGCUUGUGAGGUGCACUGUGUCAGAGGUCAGUGUGGCACUUCUUCUGCGAAAGAGGGGAUUGGAGAAGUUGGUGUCCAGCACCAGGAGGUGUUAUCCCCUGUGUUCUCAGCAGAGCUUGCCAGUGAGACCAAAUCAAGAUCAGGGUGUCAAUCAUCCAGAGCUAUGCCAAAUGACACUGCUUGUGAGCGAAAUAGUGGAAGCUUCCCUUCUGGCCAACACUCCGUUGCAGAGCUUAGUGACCACGCCCAUGACUUGGAACCCAAUGUUUUCUCUACAGACUUAUUCAGAGACACCGAAUUGAGAGCAGAGUGUCAGUCAUCCACUCCCACACCAGACAACCCUGCGCAUGAGGUGCACUGUGUCAGAGGUCAGUGUGGCACUUCUGCGAAAGAGGGGAUUGGAGAAGUUGGUGUCCAGCACCUUGCUGUGUUCUCAGUAGAGCUUGCCAGUGACACCGAAUCAAGAUCAGGGUGUCAAUCAUCCAGAGCCGCGCCAAAUGACUGCUUGGACCGAGAUCAGGGUGUCAAUCAUCCAGAGCCGCACCAAAUGACUCUGCUUGUGAGGUUUCUGUGUUUCAUCAAGGCGGUGUACGAAGAGACCAUGGUCUGA